UGUGUGCUUGAGUGCCAGUUUGUGCAUGUGUGUGUGUUGCUUAACCGAGACAAGCAGUGCAGCAGCCUGCUCACACAAGUGAGUAGAGAAAGACAGACACAGCACAGGGAACAGAGGAGAAGGACUCGGAGAUCAAACCUAGAGCACUGAGACCAGCCUAAAGGCAGGAUGUCUACCUUAUUCAUGUCAAACAGCAUGGUCGGCAAGGCCCGCUCAUCCAACUUCACCCUAUCUGAGAAACUGGAUCUUCUGCGGCUGGUCCAGCCUCACAUACGCAUUCUAGAGGAGCACACCAACAAGCACGCCGUGAUCGUAGAUAAGAACCGGUGCUGGGACAACAUAGCAGAACGCUAUAAUAGUUUCGGAGGCGAGAGGCCCCCCAGAACGGCUCAGGGCCUCCGGACCCUCUAUAAGCGACUUAAAGAAAGUGCCAAGCAGGAAGUUCUUCAGCGAAGCCAUGCCCAACCCGAGUACCGGGGCAGCAUCUCGGAGCCAACCAAGCGCAUCAUGGAAAUGAUACCACAACUGUUUCACGUGGGGAACAAAGAGCCAAGCGCACUCCACAGGCUUCAGUUCAAGAGGAAUUCUCCUGUAGAGCAGCCAGGCAGCAGUUUGUCCCUCCCAGCGUUGUCAGACUAUCUGCCUGUUGCGGCUGUGAGGGUGGAGACUGAGGAUGUGAAACCACCUCCUGAUAUUCACCUGAUCGCAUCCCACAGUUCACCUGUCACCAUCACCACCCCAAGCAGUCAGGCCCAUCACGGACAGAACGAGAGGGACAAUGAAGUAGUGGAAGAUGAUGAUGAGGAGGAAAUAGCCUCCCACGUGUAUGCAGCCUCUCUUUCUCCAUGCCCCUCUUCCAUACACCUGCCACCCUCGCCAUCAGCACCCGGCCCCAGGAGGAGCACAUAUCAGAGGGGGAGGGCAAUGUUCAAGAAUCCCGUUUUUGAGGCAGAAGCUCUGCAGAUGAUGCGAGAGGAGCAUGAGCUGCUUCUGGCCAAUCACAGAAAGCUUGGACUGUAUCUAGAGGAGAAGAGGGAGGGGCUUAAGAGAAAGCAACAGUUGGAGGAGGAGCUACUCCGGUCAAGGGUCAAAGUAGAGAAAUUGAGGGCGGCCAGGCUACGCCAAGGAUUGCCAUUGAUGUGACACGUAUGGUGUCACUUCUGAAAGUCUAUCACAAGGGAACUCUGUAAUGUGAAGUUAAAAGGAACAGACUUGUUUGUAUGGUUAUUUCUUGUUUUUGUAUUCGAUGGACAUUUGUACAAGGAUUGUUCCUGAUGUUUGUAGCAGGAAUGAACGUUUUUAAUA